UCUCAACGUCGUCGAGCCUGCCGUUGAUACUGCGGGGGGAUGUUAGAGUAGUCAUUAUGGUAUACGACUUCUAGUCCAAGUCAGUUUUGUACCCCUACCCCAAGUCGGUUUGUACCCUCUUAUAUACUCUUGUAUGCCGCACCAAAUCAUCAACAAGCAACAGUUUUAUUCAGCUUUCACCGUGGCCUAUGAACGAUGCUGCGUUGGUUUGCUAAACCAGCACAGACGGAAUACCCAACUCCGGCCCCAUGCCCAACUUGAAGCUCAUCAGCGUCGUUGGCCACGUCGUUGGCCAACCACUGGCACCAUGUUUGCAAGUGCACGGGUGCGUGCGUGGCCGAUCGACACCAUGUUUGCGAUUUCGGUAAAAUAGCCUUCCACCCUACUAUGCUCAGCCUCCGUCGCCUGCCUGACAGAGGCUGUCAACCUGCUCUUUCCCCAUCUCUCGUCCAGCCACGCCCCCACACCUUGCAGACAUACUCGCGGUUGGUGUACUGAUCGGCACGUCGGAUGCCAGGUUGGGCGGCGUCUUCGUUGAAGAGGGAUCCCAGGGCGCGUUGGUGUACAUGCACGGGUGCUCCACGGAUUCGCCGAGGUGCCGAGGCUAUAGCCUAACCGUCGUGUACCUCGCAUUUCGCCGUGCACGGCGGCAUCGCUCUGUAUUCUGAACACCACAAAUGAGUUUCGCAACGCUGGAGGGGACGUAGAUUGCGGCGACGGCCGGGGCACGGCAUAGCCUCCAUGAAAGCUCGCCGCUUGCAGGAGGUUCAGGGAUCGGAGAAGUGCUCUCCAUCGCGCACUAGGCAGAUGAGGUACACGCCAGGGGAAUCGGGUGUCCGAGCUUUCCAGGAGGCGGCGGCGCGCAAGCUGCUGAGGUGCGAGCCGACCUCGUAGUCAUCUCGGAGCAUGUCAAAAAGAUGAGCUCGUCCGGGUGCAGCGCACAACCAUACUGCUCGACGCAGAGUGGGGCGUCGCACGGGAGGAGCUCGAGCUGGGCGGUCUUCCACCUUGACGUGGACGGCACGGUGUGAUGUGAAGAAAUGCGGUGGAGAAGUAGAGGCUGUUGACAGAAGAGAGCUGAGCAGUCAAGUGGUACAUCACCGCGGGCUCCAUCAUCCAUGGCUGGUCGGCAUAUACGCGCCAGCCGGUGCUCAGGUUCAUUCAUCGAGUGCGGAGAGGGAUGAUAAGGAUGAGCAUGCCACGUGAGCAAGUCAACGGUUAGGACCAGUCAACGUAUACCACAUCAGCGAAAUACGUCGGAUACAGUAGAGUGCCACAUUUACGCAAUCUCAGUGACCGUAUUCUGACACUUCGUGAAUACAGUUACCAAAGUGAACCCUAAGACCAAGUUCAGGUACUAUUGAUGUAAUUUACUCUACACGAUACCUUAGCUUUCUGUCUCUACCACUCCCCUGAUGUGAUUAGAUACAUGAUACAAAGAUUAUUCGGUGGAACUCUGGCGUCCCGCAGUGCAGGAAGCGUUUUCGUUUGGAAUCUUUUACCCAGCCACCCCACAGACGACACGACCCUCUCCCUAGCCAUGUAGCUCAAGGACGAACCAGACCGAACAAUCUGAUUUGACUCACGUCACGUAUAGGCACAGGAGCAUCUAGGGCGUGCGUGCAAGGUUCAGCACGCAGCAUUUAACGUUGAGGCCCCGAAGCCAUUCUUGUGCUCUUCCCAUCUUUCUUUCUCUCACAAAUCCAACCGAGGUAGAGUGAGCGAAAGAGGAAGAAGCAUUUGCUGCUCUGCGCCGUGCCGUGCCCUCCUUCCGGUCGAGGAAGAUCCUGUGCGCAGCCGCCGCCACCAUCCGGUUGUCCUCUCCCUCUCGGUUCCUUCCACCACCACCACCACCUCUCCUCCUCACACACCAAGCUCACGCACAUUGGCGUCGCCCCCCCCAGCUUCCUUUGGGAAUCGCAGCUCCAGCCAUGGCAUCCUUCGCCAACCUCCUGAUCUCACUUUUCUCGCUCACCCUCACGCUCCUGCAUGCUCCUGCACCUGCGGUAUGCGACGACCUAGGUGCAGGCCUCUCUCCAAGCCAUCGCACAUACAUUGUGCUGCUGAGGCCACCCGUCGACGCCGGCAGCGAGGACGACCACCGCUGGUGGCAGGAUUCUUUCCUGCCAACGCCUCUCGCCGGCUCCCAUGAGCCACGCCUCAUCCAUACCUACACCGAGGUCUUCACGGGGUUUGCCGUGAGGCUCACCGAAGCCGACCUCGCCAUGGUGUCCCAGAGGAAAGAGUUUGUGCGGGCGUUUCCAGACCAUCUCUGGCGCCCCAGCACUACUCACACUCCCAAGUUUCUCGGACUGGAGAAAGAUGCCGGGCUGUGGAGGGACACCAACUAUGGCGAAGGAGUCAUAAUCGGUGUAGUCGACACCGGCAUCUAUGCGGGGCAUCCUUCCUUUGAUGACAGUGGCAUCCCGCCACCUCCAUCAAAGUGGAAGGGUUCAUGCCAUGGUACUGCUGCUGCCCAUUGCAAUAACAAAUUGAUUGGUGCCAAGUUCAUCACCGUCAAUGACUCUGGAGAUGUCAUAGGGCAUGGGACACAUACCUCGUCCACGGCUGCUGGGAACUUUGUCAGUGGUGCCUCGGCACAGGGUCUCGGCAGGGGCACAGCAGCCGGGACUGCUCCACGUGCACAUCUGGCCAUGUACAGCAUGUGUACGCUUCGUGGGUGUGACUCCGUUGACAUCAUUGCGGGGAUAGACGAAGCUAUCAAGGAUGGGGUUGAUGUGCUCUCACUCUCCCUUGCCCCUAUUUAUGAUGUUGAGUUCAGUGCAGACCCGGUAGCCAUUGGUGCACUCAGUGCAGUAGCAAAGGGCAUCGUUGUUGUGGCUGCAGCUGGGAAUAAUGGACCCAAAUCGUUUCUUGCAAAUUCUGCACCAUGGUUGCUCACAGUUGCAGCUGGCUCAGUGGACCGAAGCUUCGAGACUGUUGUGCAGCUUGGGAACGGCAAUCACAUCAAUGGAGAGGCUUUUAACCAGAUUACAAACUCAAGCUCCAAGCCCAAAUCUUUUCCUCUGCAUUUGAACAAGCAUUGCAAGUCAUUGCCUGGAAGAAAUGUGGCCGGCAAAAUUGUGAUUUGCCAUAGCACAGGACCAAUGAAUGACACUGGGCCAUCAAUCAACAAGACCGACAUCAGUGCCAUCAUUAGUGCCGGGGCGGCUGGUGUAGUGCUAAUAAACAGGAAAGCUGCCGGUUUCACCACCCUUCUCGAGGACUAUGGCAAUGUGGUGCAGGUGACUCUGGCUAAUGGCAACAAUAUCACAGAGUAUGUGAGGACGACAAGCAAAGCCAGUGCCAAAGUCAUAUACAAGAACACUGUGCUUGGCGUCCGUCCAUCUCCCACGGUCGCGGCAUUCUCAUCCCGCGGUCCCGGCACGUUCAGCCCCGGUGUGCUAAAGCCAGAUAUAUUGGCACCUGGGCUCAACGUCAUUGCUGCAUGGCCACCACUCACCAUGCUUGGAUCUGGGCCAUUCCACAUUAAAUCAGGGACGUCCAUGUCGACUCCACAUGUCAGUGGUGUCGCUGCGCUUGUCAAGAGCUGCCAUCCUGACUGGUCUGCUGCUGCUAUCAAGUCAGCCAUCCUCACCACUGCUGACAUCAUGGACAGCACAGGUGGCCCGAUCUUGGACGAGCAGCAUCAGAGGGCAACCGCGUACGCCAUGGGUGCUGGCCAUGUCAACCCUACAAAAGCAGUUGAUCCAGGCCUUGUGUAUGACCUUGGCAUUACUGAAUAUGCCGGCUACAUAUGUGCUCUACUUGGUGAUCAGGACUUGGCAUUCAUUACGCGUGACCCGAGGUUGUCCUGCAAAAUGCUUCCCAAGAUACCUGAAGCACAACUCAACUACCCUACCAUAACGGUGCCACUCAAGACAAGGCCGUUCACAGUGCACAGAACUGCGACAAACAUGGGCCCAUCAAAUUCCAUAUACACACUGAAGAUGGAGAUUCCCAAAUCUCUUACAGUGCGAGUCUACCCAGAGACGCUGGUGUUAUCCAAGGCUGGACAAAAGAUUAGAUAUAGUCUGACGGUGAGCAGCUCUGACAGUGAGAGCUCAAACUUCAUGGAGGGAAGUUUGAGCUGGGUCUCAGUGACCCAUGUUGUGCGCAGUCCGAUCGUUGUCGCACUUUUGUAAGCGGGAAGAGUAUGUGUGCCAUGUGCGAUGUUCUAGAGAAAUGACUGUCUUUUAACUAGUAGGAUUUCCAUGUGUGGAAACUAAUUGAAGUUUGGAUGUGGAGCAUCCAUUGCUCUGUCGCAAAACUGACCACACAUACACUGCCAGUUUGUGAUGUAUCCAUUCUCUAUAACUCUGUUACUUUGAAAAAGAAAAUGAUUUGGUAUCAUAUCAUUUGGUUCAUCAGGUUUGCUUACAUCUACAUGGAAACACACAACACUAUGUUGUUUGGAUACUGAAAUGUGUGUUUUGAAACCAAAUUUUUUAUGCUUCAUAUUAUUUAUGCAUUCAACUAUGUGGACAUGUUCUUAGCUGCAAAUAUUCUGAUGAGGGAUGUGCCUAACAAAAAUGGUUGUGUUUAACUGAAUUAGAUGCAGAUAAGAUCCGAAAGGUUUUGACAUUUGUGUUUAUUUUACGCCCAUAUGCUCCGAAGUUACCUUAAUCAUGCCCCAACAUCGUAUAACAUACAGUGAGUUAUAUUAUACCUUUAUUGUGCUGCAGAAUUAAUGCCAUGGUUUUGUUAGAAUUUGUGUCCCUGUAUUUUCCUAGGAAGAUGCUAUUUAUCUUGGUAAAUUUGGAGUGAUUGUGUAACUUUGUUUAGAUAUGUCAGAUAUACAGUUAAGAAACUGCAUUAUUAUUUAUUUUCUGUGAACAUGAAGACUUGCGUUACCAGUUUUGUUUCGAUGAUAUGUAACUUUUAUAAGUUAUGUUUUGUUGUGCAGGUAGACACAUUCAGAUUUUAGAAAUAUUAUUCAAGUGCUUGUUCUUGCUAGUGACACUGAGGAAUAUGGAGUGGCAUGCACGACCACAAAUGGUAUUUCAAGCAGUUUUUUCAUGUUAUGGUCUCCCACCCAAGUAACAAAAUUGGGAAAACCCUAGUCGUAAUCCCAAAUAGAUAUUGCAUUCUUGAUUGGCAACAGAACAGCAUCCCCAAACCAUUCUGAAAUUCUUGUCUUCACCUUUUUCCUUUAGUUUAUUUGGUGCGAUGCUGCUAAGGUGUUCCGCAACUAACUGUAAUUGUUAAAGACACAGUUCUAUUCUUCCUUGAGUUAUUCCAUACCUUAAUAAUCUCAGGUUUGCCAUUUGGACCUUUCUAUGAAACCCCUUCUCUAACAGGUGCAUGCACCAUUAUUUCAUCGAUAAUCAUUUUCAUUUUGCAACAAUGUUUACACCAAAUGGUGCUGCAGAUGGAUAAAGUGAUAUCACAUGCUCACGCUACCCUAGGAACACUUAUGUCACAACAAUCAAUAAUUGGUGGCAUUACUAUGAAGAUAAGCAACAUUAGCAGAUUAAUCAUAUGAUUGUGACAUCGACAAAACAAAAAUGCCAACACGAUGAUCAUUGGUCAGUAAUUGUUGAUACCAAUUGAUCCCAACUCAAAGUGCCUAUCAGAUGACCAUUCCUCAGCCACCAGACAAGUUCUGUUUGCUCCUGGUUUUAUAUGUCUGCAAAACGGCAUAUGCGGCAAUCGGGAACCCUACCAAGUCAAUUGUACGCAACAAGGCUGUGUUACUGCCUGCAAAAAAGCGGGCUGCGGAGGUGGGAUUUGCCAUAAAGAUGGUAGUUGCAACUGCCUCUAGAUGAGGCUGCCAAGUCCUCUCUAAUUUGUAGUAAGAAAACGAUCCAGAAUAAGCUUAGGAAAAUAAGAGCAUUAUGAGUUUUCUUCAGUUCCUGGAAUAAGUGAAAUAUAUGCUGAUUCUUUAUUUUUCACGUGCUCUUACGAGAACUCC